AUGAAUAAGUUAAUGUACGAGGAUAUCAGCGAUGACGAGGACAUGCUUUGUUUCGAUGAAAAGAAUUGUAUUGACGAUGCCAUUGGUGAAAAUCACAUGGACACAGAAGUAAUAUAUAUUGAAAACGAUAAUGAUGAGGUAGAUAUAAUAAACGUCGAUUAUGAUGCAUUAUCUUCCGACAAGAAAAUGGACUCUUUCAAUGACAGUAAUAUCUCAAAGUGCUUCACCGCCAAGUGUGAAAAUAACGAUGAUGAUGAGGUAGAUAUAAUAUCCUGCGACAGAAAAAGGAAAUUUAACGAAGACUCGGAAAAUGAUGAUUCAGAAGAUAAUGACUCCGAAUAUGACGACUCAGAAGAUGAUGACUCUGAAUAUGAUGAUAAUGAAAGCGAUACUCCAAUAUUUUAUUAUGAAGAACAACGAGCGUGCGACCGAUAUUAUGAAAAGAGGUUUA